AUGGCAGAGGAAGACGCGCCGUUCACGUUCCACGUCAAGUCGUCCGCAGAGCCCAAGUUCAGCCUGACGCUGAAGCCGUCGUCGACCGUCGCUGAGAUCAAGCAGAUCCUCGCCGGCGAGGAGUACGCAAACGUCCCGCCAGAGCGCCAGCGGCUGAUCUACUCGGGGCGCGUUCUCAAGGACUCCGAUACCCUCGCCUCGCACAAGGUCAAGGAGGGCCAUACCAUCCACCUGGUCAAGAGCUCUGCGCCCGCCGGCAGCAGCAGCAGCGGCAGUGGCAGCGCCAACACCACCGCCGCCGGCAGCAGCAGCAACACCACAGCCAGCAGUGCGGCGGGCAGAGGCGCCCAGAGCACGCCGUCUGGGGCCGCUGGAGUGCCGACCAACCUCGCAGCUGGGACGGGGAACUCGAUGCUGGCUGGCCUGACGGGGGCCAGAUACGCGGGCUUCUCUCAGCUGCCUGGCGCGGGCAUGUUUGGCCCUGACGGAGGGAUGGGACCUCUGCCCGAUACCGACCAGAUCCUGAGCAUGAUGGAGAACCCUCAGUUCCAGUCGACCAUGAACGAAGCCCUCCAGAACCCCCAGAUCAUCGACAUGAUGAUACAACAGAACCCCAUGCUACGGGAUGUGCCCAACGCCCGCCAGAUACUACAGUCGCCAGAGUUCCGGCGCAUGCUCACAGACCCCAAUAUGCUGCGGUACAUGACCCAGAUGCAGAGAGCCAUGGGCCAGGGCGGCGGCGGUGGACAGUCUGCUUUCCCUGCCCCCGGAGUCACCAACACCACACAGCGGGAUGCAGGCAGUCAAGAUAACACCACCACCAGCAGCAACCACAACAACAACAACCAGACUCAACCUCAGAUGCCUCCCUUUAACCCUUUCCUCGCCAUGCCUGGUGCUGGUGGAAACCCCUUCUCGUUCCUGGCCGGCAUGCAACAGCCUCCCGCUGGUGCAGCCUCAGGAGACGCAGGUACAGCAGGAUCCAACACCACCAACAACAGCGGCAGUAGCAACAACAACAGCAACAACCAGCAACAGCGCCAGCAGCAGCAGCACCAGCCAAACCCCUUCGCCUCUCUGUUCAACCCAGCACUGCUCGGCCAACUGCCAAACGCAGACGGUCAGCCCGGCCAGCCGAUUCCCAACCCCUUCAUGCAGAACCCGGCUCUCUUCUCUCAGCUCAUGCAAGCCAUGGGCGGCGGUCCUGGAGCAGAUGCAAACUCCAACCCCAACCCCAACCCCAACGCCAGCAAUCCCCUACUACAUUCUCUCUUCGGCGGGCAGCCUCCUCAGCCGCCUGACAACCGUCCCCCAGAGGAGCGGUACGCCGAGCAGCUUCGGCAGCUCAACGACAUGGGCUUCUUCGAGUUUGACAGGAACAUCGAGGCCCUGAGACGGUCCGGCGGCAGCGUUCAGGGAGCCAUCGAGUAUCUGCUCAACUCCCCGUGA